UAGUCAGAAAAGUUUUUGUUUUUGUUUUUAUUUAUUGGAGUUGGCAUUCUUAGGAGGUUUUGAUUUACCAAGUACGUCUAGUGAUGCUGCUUUGGCUCGCACCACAUAUUCAAAUUAAUGUGUUAUGAUGGACGUUUACAUGACCAAAGCCAUAAUAUACUAUAAAGUAUCAAGCAUAAUCCUUACACUUAGUUUUCAUAGCAAUCUUGACGUGAAAAUGUAUUUUGUAUUAUCUAUCAUAAAAGUGAUUCUCAAGCUGAAGGGGCAUUUCACUAUUUCGCUUGACACUAAUGUUCAAGUUUAUUUUCAGUAGGUUUUGAUUCAUUCACACUCUUAUUUUCAUUUCAUUUUCACCAACUUUCUCUUCCUAUAUUUCUCUUAUUUUCUUAUCACAUCACAUAUUAUAUCUCUGAUUUCUCUCCUCUUUCUUCUUUUAUUUUUUGAUGGAAGGGUAUUUGAUCAUGGUAUGCCGAAGCGGCAGUGUUGAUGAAAUUUUUAUGAUAGGGUGGUAGAUCCGAUAAAUUUUGUUAUAGUUUUAAUUCAUGCACAAUUCACUUUCUUUACCACCUCAUUUUCACUCUCUUUUCUACCAAACAACUUUUAAUCUUUCUCUCUAAUCAUCUUCUAUCUUCUUUGCUAAACCAAACAUGUGUUAUUGUGAAAGACAUUAACCACCGGUUAAAAAAUCAGCUCAAAAACCUAAUUUUCAGCUUCCUCACCAUUGAGCCACUCACUACAAUUUCUAACACAAGAAGUGAAGUGAGUGAAGGAAAGAAAACAGAAGCAAAUUUGUAUUGUAAUAAUUUGCAUGGCUUCAUCCUCAUACUAUUCAGCAACCCAUUCACGGUUGCUUUAUUUCACAAAGCUCAUAACCUCCCACGUCAACCAAUCCCGUCACGACCAAGCACUCACCGUCUUCCACCACAUACAUUCCACCCUCACUCUCCCCCUCGACCCUCACGUCUUCUCCCUCGUCCUCAAAUCCUGCACCGCCCUCCGCCGCCCCUUCCUUGGCGCCUCCAUCCACGCCCACGCCGCCAAAUCCUCCUUCCUCUCCAACCCCUUCAUCGCCUCCGCCCUCAUCAACCUCUACGGCCAUUGUCUCUCCCUCACCUCCGCACGCCACCUGUUCGAUGAAAUUCCCCACCGAAAUGAAGUUGUCUGGAAUGCCAUGAUCUCGCUUUACGCCCACUCCCCUGAUAGCCUACCCGCCGCGUUAGAGCUUUUCCACCUCAUGGACGUUCCCCCCAAUGAGUCCACCUUCAACCCAAUCAUUGCCGCGUUGGCGGCCCAGAACGACGGGGCGUUCAAAGCCAUUGCUUUGUACCGGAGGAUGCUUGAGCUUGAACUCAAGCCGCGUUUGAUAACGCUGCUUGCUUUGCUCCCUGCUUGUGUUAAUGUCGCGGCGCUGAAUUUGAUCAAGGAGAUUCAUGGGUAUGGAAUAAGGAAUGACAUUGUCCCGCAUCCCCAAUUGGGUAGUGGACUAAUUGAGGCUUAUGGAAGAUGUGGCUGCCUUGUGAAUUCGCGUAACGUGUUUUGGAAAAUGAGGGAUAUGGAUAAGGAUGUGGUUGUGUGGAGUAGUCUGAUAUCUGCGUACGCGCUUCACGGGGAGGCUAAAGCCGCGUUGGAGACGUUCAAGGAAAUGGAAAUGGCGGGAGUGAAGCCUGAUGGGAUCACUUUCCUUGGGGUGUUGAAGGCUUGCAGCCAUGCCGGGUUUGCGGAUGAUGCAUUGUGUUAUUUCACGAGAAUGCAGAGGGAUUACGGGGUGGAGGCGAGUAGCGAUCAUUACUCGUGCUUGGUGGAUGUGUUGAGUAGGGCUGGGAGGUUGCACGAGGCGUAUGAAGUAAUAAAAGGGAUGCCGGUGAAAGUGACCGCCAAGGCGUGGGGCGCGCUUCUUGGGGCUUGUAGGAAUUUUGGGGAGUUGGGGUUGGCUGAGAUUGCAGGGAGGGCUCUGGCUGAGGUUGAGCCUGAGAAUGCUGCAAAUUAUGUUCUGUUGGCAAAGAUGUAUGCUAGUGUUGGGAGACAGGAGGAGGCAGAGAGAUUGAGGAGGGAAAUGAGAGAGCGGGGAGUGAAGGCAACAACUGGUAGUAGCUGGGUUGUGUAUUCAGAGUCAUGACAUGUAAUGGGUGUUUGGAUUACUGAUUAUAGGGUCUAAGGUGCAUUUUCUUAGAAGCUGUGACUCAAAAGCUAGGAGAUAAGCUUUCACUUAGAAGUGAUUCUGUAGAAAUCAUUCUUUGGCAUUUCAUUGUGGAGCUAACGAUACCAUUCACCUCAUGUUAGCAUACCAAAAAUAAUGUUCUUGGAAACAGGAAGGAUGAAGUUGACAUAGGCAGGGUAUGAAUAGGCUCCAACACUUGUUGUCAAGGUGCUUUUAUGGAUAUGAAUCCUCUGAUUUUAGCUCCAAGGUUUUGAAUGGAGACUGGGAGCUCAAUUUGCAUAUAAAAGCUAUUAGUUAAUUCCAUAUACCUCUAAAAUCAGAAAGUUGUGACAGCACUUGUGAUUUCAGACUGCAAUUUGAAAACCUUUCUGAGAGCCUGACAUGACUUUGUUGUUUGAAGAUGGAGAUUAACACCCCCUAUACAAGAGGCCUCGCGAGAACAUGGUCCCCCAUUCUUGCAAUGAGUGAGAGUUCAACUCCGCGCUGAUGAUCCACAGAUACUAGAUCGUGAUCUUGUAAAUUCGUUAUAAGCUGAUUUUAUGGUUGAAGAUAUUGGUUGGGCAAUUAUUUAA